AUGUUAGCGCCGAACCUGUUGAAAUUCACUAUCCGAACUUCAGUGUUUACUAGUGUUUAUAGAAAUAUACCAGUUAGGGACAGUAUACCAGUUGCAAUACGAAGAUACAUGUCACACCAACCCAAGCGACUCUGCACAGAAAACAUGUCUGCUAAAAGAAUCGGCACCCAUAACGGGACAUUUCAUUGUGAUGAAGUGCUAGCCUGUUUCUUCCUUCACCAGCUCCCGGAGUACAAGGUGCAUAACAUUUAUUUUUUCGAUUUUGAAGGUAACUAGAUGGUUAAUAUUAAUGCAUGAUGAAUGUUUCUUACACCCCGGCAAAGACAAGAGUUCGCUAGAUAGCUAAUAUGUUCUAAUGCCAGCUAACUACUAGCGACUGUACUUGUGGCGUAAACUCACCCGGCUCAGCAUUGUAUAACGCUCAAUCAGAUUGAAUUUCAUUAAACCACAUGGUCCUCUCUCUCUAAGAUAAGACACUUAAUCAUUCUUGGGUGCAUUCCUUUUAGCUUCCCCCAGCCGGUUCACCAGGCAAGCUCAGCUAAAAUGAUUCCACAGCUCCUUAUAUUUUUAUUUUAUUUUUUCACCUUCAUUUAACCAGGUAGGCCAGUUGAGAACAAGUUUUCAUUUACAACUGCGACCUGGCCAAGAUAAAGCAAAGCAGUGCGAUAAAACAACAACACAGAGUUACACAUGGGAUUAACAUAACUGUAAAUCGCUCUGGAUAAGAGCGUCUGCUAAAUGACUAAAAUGUAAACAUAAACUACAGUCAAAAAUACAACAGAAAAUAUAUAUACAGUGUGUGCAAAUGUAGUAAGUUAUGGAGUUAAGGUAAUAAAUAGGCCAUAGUGCAAAAUAAUUACAAUUUAGUAUUAACACUGGAGUGAUAGAUGUGCAGAAGAUGAUGUGCAAAUAGAGAUACUGGGGUGCAAAUGAGCAAAAUAAAUAACAAUCUGGGGAUGAGGUAGUUGGGUGGGCUAAUUACAGAUGGGCUGUGUACAGGUGCAGUGAUCGGUAAGCUGCUCUGAGAACUGACGCUUAAAGUUAGUGAGGGAGAUAAGUCUCCAGCUUCAGAGAUGAUCCAAUAUCUUGGACAUUCGUCUUGAUAUUGAUAUUUUAGUAAUUUCUGCUGCAUUUCAUUUUUUUUUCUUCUCAGGAUGCUGAGAUAGUCAGAACUCGGGACCCUGCCGAGCUCGCCAAGUGUGACAUCGUGGUGGAUGUGGGCGGAGAGUUUGACCCCAAGAAGCAUCUCUAUGACCAUCAUCAGAGGUACAGUCAAAGAUUUUAGAAUAUACCGGUACAGUAUACCUAGUCCUUGAUCAUGACUCUCAGUUCCAUUACAUUACACACAAGUCAUUGGACGAAGGCGUCUUCUUUACGGGGGAGUUUUGUUAAGAGCCCCGGCGCUCGGUAUGAACAGUAACACGCAUCGCUUGUGGUACAGUUUUGGAAGCAUAAGGACCUUAUCUUUCAUAUCAGCGAGAAAUUAUUUUUAAAAAACUAAACGUUAAAAUGAUACACACCUUUUAUAGGGUUAGUGUUCCCACAUGGCCAUAUCUCCAUGUUACGGCGCGUGUUUGCGGAAGACAGUUAAUUAGCACAAGUGGUCCCUCUAUCUAGAAUGCUCCAAACACCUGUGUGUAACGGAAGAAGGUCGCCAGAAAUGUGCAAUUGUGAUAAAGCUGGUUAAAACAGUGUACAGUAAGUUUGUAUUUUGCAUUUGAAAUUAGUUUGAUGUGAUAUGAAAGUAACGGGCUUUAUGUUUCCAGAACUGUUUCGCAAUUGAGAAUUGAUGCAGGUUUAGAUGGAGUAUUUGGCUGUUUUAGCUGCCAGAGCCAGUCUACCUUUGAAAAUAACAUAUAAGGCCUCCCGAGUGGCGCGGCGGGCUAAGGCAUUGCAUCGCAGUGCUUGAGGCAUCACUGCAGACCCGGGUUUGAUCCCAGGCUGUGUCACAACCGGCCGUGACCGAGGUCCCAUAGGGCGGCGCACAAUUGGCCCAGCGUUAUGAGGGUUUGGACGAGGGGGGCUUUACUUGGCUCAUCACGCUCUAGCGACUCCUUGUGGCGGGCCGGGCGCCUGCAGGCUGACUUCAGUCGUCAGUUGAACAGUGUUUCCUCCGACACAUUGGGGGCAGAGGACGCAUGACUCGACCUUCGCCUCUACAGGAUAACAUACUGACACCAACCACAAGCUGUAGUCUUAGAGCCCAUGAUUGCAGAGAUGUGGAUUUAUAUAAGGUACACUGACAUAGCAUACAUUUACUUUUGGCAAGUGUCUGUUCUAGGUCUAUUGCAUUGUGCAUAAACACAUUUUGAAAUAAGAGCGAAAUCAUGUAUUUUUUAUAAGGCUUAAUCUGCCUGUCUGUCUAAUGAUUGGUAUGGAAAUGCCAGAGGUCUUUCCCCCCAGCAGGUAGGAGAGAUAAUUAAGCUUCUCCAUUCUCCCUCCCUCCCGUCAUUAUGUCUAGCUGCUAUCUCAGGUGGCGCUAGCUAAUGUUCACUACCUAGCAAAAAUAAAUAAAAAAACGGUUUAAAAGAAUCAAUAUAAUAUCGUCAAUAAUAUUGCGAUACUCUACUGUAUCGAUUUGCCCCACCCCCCCAUCCCAUCCCUAGCCCGCAUAGAAACACCCAGGCCCCCUGGCACCAAUCAAAUCAAACUAGACCAGUUUUAGGCAGAGGGUAUAAGGAAAGGGGUGGGGAUAGUGAUGGGUUUAUGGCAACAACAUGGCAAACGCAGAACACCAUACAACUCUGUUACGUUCAGUAGGUCACAAGAUUCCGGAACGGUAGGUCACAAGAUUCCGGAACAUUCGGAUAGAAACGUGUGACAGACUGACAGACGGCUGAUUGGUCCACUGUGUCCCAUUUUUCAUCCUUCUUCUCUUUGUUCCCUUAUUUGGGCGGCAGGUAGCUUAGUGGUUAAGAGCGUUAUGCCAGUACCCGAAAGGUCGCUGGUUCUAAUCCCCGAGCCGACUAGGUGAAAAACUGUCGAUGUGCCCUUGAGCAAGGCACUUAACCCUAAUUGCUCCUGUAAGUCGCUCUGGAUAAGAGCGUCUGCUAAAUGACUAAAAAUGUAAAAAAAAUGUAACUGCCAUCUCUGUAUAAUUUAUGCAGGGAUUCUGUUGCUAGGUCAAUUAGCUAGCUAUCGACCAUGUGCCACACAGCAUGCCGCUCACUUAUCUGACGUUCGGUGCUCAGCAGGCAGCGGUGCUGUGCUAGAAGUGAGUUACGUCCCAAAUGGCACCCGAUUCCCUAUAUAGUACACUACUUUAGACCGAGGCACAUAGGGCUCUGGUCAAAAUAAGUGCACUAUGUAGGGAAUAGGGUGCCAUUUAACACGCAACCCUAGUGUCUCAAUUAAGCCGGAAUUAAAUGACCACUGCUGGCUCCCCUGCUGUGAAGCACUUAUCUCCUCACGCGCUCAGUAGACACCUCCCUGGGUGGAGUUGAUUGACAUUAUCAACUGGCCUACUAAAAAUGAAAGGCAGCACUUGUGUAGAGACAUCUCACUGAAAGACAAGGAGUGUUCAUUUAUUUUCAAGUGUUUUGAAUUUUGACUGAAAUGUGUUUUCAUUUGCACUAAGCGCUGUCUUGCUGAAGGUAGCCAGCCACAGACAUUCAGAUUCCCAGGCAGGGACUGUUCUGUUGGAUUUCAUUUGUGUGUUCUGUUGCAAUGUUCCUGUUCUAAUCAGUCUGUAUAGAUCCCACCCUGCACUUAUCCUCCAGAUAGUCUUUAGAAGACAGACGUCACACCCUGCACUUAUCCUCCAGAUAGUCUUUAGAAGACAUACGUCCCACCCUGCACUUAUCCUCCAGAUAGUCAUUAGAAGACAGACGUCCCACCCUGCACUUAUCCUCCAGAUAGUCAUUAGAAGACAGACGUCCCACCCUGCACUUAUCCUCCAGAUAGUCUUUAGAAGAUAGACGUCCCACCCUGCACUUAUCCUCCAGAUAGUCUUACAAGACAGACGUCACACCCUGCUCUUAUCCUCCAGAUAGUCUUACAAGACAGACGUCACACCCUGCACUUAUCCUCCAGAUAGUCUUUAGAAGACAGACGUCCCACCCUGCACUUAUCCUCCAGAUAGUCUUUAGAAGAUAGACGUCCCACCCUGCACGUAUCCUCCAGAUAAUCUUACAAGACAGACGUCACACCCUGCUCUUAUCCUCCAGAUAGUCUUUAGAAGACAGACGUCACACCCUGCUCUUAUCCUCCAACUAAUCUUUAGAAGACAUACGUCACACCCGGCUCUUAUCCUCCAGAUAGUCUUUAGAAGACAGAUGUCACACCCUGCUCUUAUCCUCCAGAUAGUCUUACAAGACAGACGUCACACCCUGCACUUAUCCUCCAGAUAGUCUUUAGAAGACAGCCGUCACACCCGGCUCUUAUCCUCCAGAUAGUCUUUAGAAGACAGACGUCCCACCCUGCUCUUAUCCUCCAGAUAGUCUUUAGAAGACAUACGUCACACCCUGCACUUAUCCUCCAGAUAGUCUUUAGAAGACAGACGUCACACCCUGCACUUAUCCUCCAGAUAAUCUUUAGAAGACAGAUGUCCCACCCUGCUCUUAUCCUCCAGCUAGUAUUUAGAAGACAGACGUCACACCCUGCACUUAUCCUCCAGAUAAUCUUUAGACGACAGAUGUCCCACCCUGCUCUUAUCCUCCAGCUAGUAUUUAGAAGACAGACGUCACACCCUGCACUUAUCCUCCAGAUAAUCUUUAGAAGACAGAUGUCCCACCCUGCUCUUAUCCUCCAGCUAGUAUUUAGAAGACAGACGUCACACCCUGCACUUAUCCUCCAGAUAAUCUUUAGACGACAGAUGUCCCACCCUGCUCUUAUCCUCCAGCUAGUAUUUAGAAGACAGACGUCACACCCUGCACUUAUCCUCCAGAUAGUCUUUAGAAGACAGACGUCACACCCUGCUCUUAUUCUGAUGAAACCAAGAACGGCUGGGGUGGAGGAGACUAGCCUCAAGCCAAAUUAACGCUUUUCUUUCUUAUAUAAAGUUGAUGGACAAUAAAGCUUUUAGAGUUUAGAUAAGUAUGAUGGGUGUGCUGCUGUCUGUCCAGAACCUUCAGGGACAAUAAAGCUUUAGAAUUUGAAUAAGACAGAGUGAGUGAUGGGUUGGUGUGCUGCUGUCUGUCCAGGACGUUUAGGGGCACAUUCAGCAGCCUGUAGCCACAUAUCUGAUGGACCAUGAACACAGGGGAUUAGCAUAAUCAUAGAGGCUGUAGAUUAUGCAGGGGAAGGGGAGGUUUCUACAAGAUGGAGACGUAACAUAUUUUUGUGUGCUGCUCUCUGGUUAUGCAGGACUUUCUCUGAGACGUUCCACAGCCUGUGUCCAGAGAAGCCCUGGGUGACCAAGUUGAGCUCGGCUGGUUUGGUCUACCUGCAUUUUGGCCGGAGGGUCCUGGCUCAGCUCACCUCCCUAAAGGAAGGAGACCGACAGCUGGAGGUGCUCUAUGAUAAGGUGAGGUGGGGGGGGGGGGGGGGGGGGAAACCUCCUGCCCUACUGAUAACCUCUCUGCCAUGUUCUGUUUCUGUAGCUGUAUGAGAACUUGGUGGAUGUAACGUUCUCUGUUCUGUCUCUGUAGCUGUAUGAGAACUUGGUGGAUGUAACGUUCUCUGUUCUGUCUCUGUAGCUGUAUGAGAACUUGGUGGAUGUAACGUUCUCUGUUCUGUCUCUGUAGCUGUAUGAGAACUUGGUGGAUGUAACGUUCUAUGUAGCUGUAUGAGAACUUGGUGGAUGUAACGUUCUCUGUUCUGUCUCUGUAGCUGUAUGAGAACUUGGUGGAUGUAACGUUCUCUGUUCUGUCUCUGUAGCUGUAUGAGAACUCGGUGGAUGUAACGUUCUCUGUUCUGGCUCUGUAGCUGUAUGAGAACUUGGUGGAUGUAACGUUCUCUGUUCUGUCUCUGUAGCUGUAUGAGAACUUGGUGGAUGUAACGUUCUCUGUUCUGUCUCUGAAGCUGUAUGAGAACUUGGUGGAUGUAACGUUCUCUGUAGCUGUAUGAGAACUUGGUGGAUGUAACGUUCUCUGUUCUGUCUCUGUAGCUGUAUGAGAACUUGGUGGAUGUAACGUUCUCUGUUCUGUCUCUGUAGCUGUAUGAGAACUUGGUGGAUGUAACGUUCUCUGUUCUGUCUCUGUAGCUGUAUGAGAACUUGGUGGAUGUAACGUUCUCUGUUCUGUCUCUGUAGCUGUAUGAGAACUUGGUGGAUGUAACGUUCUCUGUAGCUGUAUGAGAACUUGGUGGAUGUAACGUUCUCUGUUCUGUCUCUGUAGCUGUAUGAGAACUUGGUGGAUGUAACGUUCUCUGUUCUGUCUCUGUAGCUGUAUGAGAACUCGGUGGAUGUAACGUUCUCUGUUCUGGCUCUGUAGCUGUAUGAGAACUUGGUGGAUGUAACGUUCUCUGUUCUGUCUCUGUAGCUGUAUGAGAACUUGGUGGAUGUAACGUUCUCUGUUCUGUCUCUGAAGCUGUAUGAGAACUUGGUGGAUGUAACGUUCUCUGUAGCUGUAUGAGAACUUGGUGGAUGUAACGUUCUCUGUUCUGUCUCUGUAGCUGUAUGAGAACUUGGUGGAUGUAACGUUCUCUGUUCUGUCUCUGAAGCUGUAUGAGAACUUGGUGGAGGAGGUGGAUGCUGUGGACAACGGGAUCUCCCAGUAUGAUGGAGAGGCUCGCUACGCUGUGUCUACCAUGCUCAGCGCCCGCGUCGGACACCUUAACCCACGCUGGAACAGCAAGAGCCAGGACACAGAGGUUAGUCAGUGUGUAGAAACAUCACCUAUCGAAGGGCUGGAGACCAGCCUUCAGUUACUACAGCUGUGUGUGUCUGCAUAUAUGCCUAUUAAUAUAGGCCAACGUUAGCACUGUUGUGGUGUCAAAACAGCACCAAAAGCAGCUCCGAGAAGGAGAGAUUUUAGCUCUGCCAGUGUUUCUGAAUAACUCUAAGGCCCUACCAGGAUGUCUGGUUGAAUGAAUCUCUUCUUCCUGAGUCGAUACGUCUGAAUCCAACAGGGACAACGGACCUGCUCGGUAUACCCCCCCCCCACACACACACACACACACACACAGGGCCUGUGAGUAAGGCAAGCGUUUAGCAUCUACAGGAGGAUGUUGAACCAUUAAAGAGCAAUGCCCCUAAAAACCAACUUCUCAUUUAGAAACAGCCUAUGUGGCAUUGAUAUGUCAGAAACAUGUAUUAUACUGUCCAAAUUGACUACAAAGGGUAAAUAUGAUAAUUUUGGUAAAAAAGUCAGUCUCGUCCAAAAUGGAGUCUUGUGAGACUUGUGGUCGUGACUGAAUCACAAUGUAAGUGAAGGUUGGGUUUGUUACAAUGCUGUUCAAAUGCCCACAACUGGCAGCACACAAGUAAUCAUCAAUUCGGAGUGCAGCUGGACGUGACCCAAUCGUAAUGCCUGUGGUAAAUUUGGGUUGACUUUGGAUAUCUCUAUGGGGCUAGUCAGGCGCCAUCUGUAAAUUAGACAAUGUGCAUGGGACAAUAUGUAAAAAUUCCAAUAGCUUAAAAUUACAAUGACCUUAACCUCAAACCAACUAUAAAUUGUAGAAAUUCAUAUACAAUUACUGAAAACAUUUGAAUGAGAACUAAAAAGUGUGCAACAUGAAAAUGUUCUCAUUUACAUUGUGUAAUUUAUUGACGGUCCCCAACUAGCCCUGGAGAUAGGCUAUCCAAAGUCAAACCAAUUUUGCCACGGUUACACACCAGCCAGCUGAAGCUAAUUGGCAAAAUAAUUUGUCUAACUCUUCCCACCUGCAAACACCCACAUGAAACCACACCCAGAAACCAACUCACAUUUGAAUUCAGUCAUGGCCACUAGCAUUUCUUAAUGAACCAAAUCUAAAAUGAGGCCAAAUCAGGAAGUGCAGUCGCCCUUUAAACUCUGUACACCGAUUGGACAAGUAGGUCAAACACCUCUGUGUGAUUUAUCAUCUGGCUCAGGUGGGGAGGGCAGGGGAAAAAACUGCCUUCUUCCUCCAUUUUCCACACCUGUCUUAGACCAGCAGCACUUACUUCUCCUGGAGAGCGGCUGGUCGUUGAUUCUAUUGGUUUAUUAUACCCUGGAAAGGCACGGUGGAUUGUGACUGGCUGCGCUACACCACGACCCUGUGACUUCCUGAUCCAGUCAAUUGUCACCCUGUCACUUUUUGAUUGGGAAAAAAAUGUCAUGGAUUUUUCCUCCUGCACUUCUCGUCCUGUCUGUCCCAACUCUCAGCUGCCACGCGCUCACUCACUCACACACCACACGCACGCUCAGCUAGAUGCCAGGAGAUUACAGUGCUGUGUGGGUGGAGUUUGUGAACAUUUGUGUGUGAGAGCGUGUGUGUGUGUGUGUGUGUGCUUCAUUAUGUUUGCGCUAGCGUGUGCGUACAUGCACAUCAGUGCUGUAACUGGGAGCAGUAGUGUGUGUGUGUGUGAGAACAGUCUGUGAGAAACUGAGACUGACUGACAGAGACACUGAAACUGACUGACUGAGACUGACCGAGAGGGAGAGACUCAGACUGACUGAGUGAGACUGAGAGAGAGACUGACUAAGACUGACAGAGAGACUGACUGAGAGAGAUUGAGUGAGACUGACUGACUGACAGAGACCAACAGAGAGAGACUGACUGACUGACAGAGAGACUGACUGACUGACUGGGAGACUGACUGACUGACUGGGAGACUGACUGACUGACUGGGAGACUGAGACUGACAGAGUGAGACUGACUGACUGACUGACUGACAGAGUGAGACUGACUGACGGAGAGAGACUGACUGAGAGACUAACAGAGAGAGACUCAGACUGACUGAGAGAGUGAGACAGAGAGUGAGACUGAGAGAGUGAGAUUGACCGACUGACAGGGACUGACAGGGACUGACUGACUCGGGAGUGCUCAGAGAGACUUCAUUCUGCCAUUGCUCCCUAAUGGAUCAUCCGAGGCUGAGUAUUAAACUUGUCUGUCUGAAUCAGCUUCGACUGGAGAGGAAAGGUGACUGUUCACAUCAACUGAAAGGAUUUUUAACAGUACAAUUGUGGUUUUCCAAAAAGGAUUUCUUAAUUUUUUUCCUAUUCAAGAUCUCGUUUGGAAAUAUGAAAACGUAUUAAAAGUUGAAUAUAAAUGAGUGUCUGUCUGUUAGUGGCCUUUAGUUUUCCUUGUAGAAAAAUGAUUGUUACCUGUAUCUACUUCAGCAGCUGUAGCGCUAUCCCAGCAUGUGCUGCAAGACUGCUGAUAUCUCCUGUUGUCACCUUCUGUCUCCUGAUAUCUCCUGUCUCAUGUCCUGUUGGCUCCUCCUCCCGUUGGCUCCUCCUCCUGUUGGCUCCUCCUCCUGUUGUUUGCUCCUCCUCCUGUUGUUGGCUCCUCCUCCUGUUGUUGUCUCCUCAUGUUGUCUCCUCAUGUUGUGUGUGUUAGGAGGGCUUCCACAAGGCCCUGGCCAUGGUAGGAGCAGAGUUCCUGGACCGGGUUGACUUCUACCAGAACUCCUGGCUUCCUGCCCGUGUGGUGGUGGAGGAAGCUGUACAGAUGAGGAACCAGGUACAGUCCCUACCACAGACAUGCAGAUAUUCACUUUCAUUAGGUAGCGGACAGGGGGCGCUGUUCUUUUUUUUUUUUUUGAGAACUCUGUUUAUUAAGUUUUACACACACACAGACAAGACAAAGCAAUAUAAAUAAUAUACUCAACUAGACAAAAAUACAAAUAAUACAUAUAAAAAAAUUAAAAAAAUAACUUUAAAGAUACCAUACUUUAGACAAGUUAAACACACCAGGCAGAAGGCUACAAAAGGUUAAAGGGCAAUCUAUAGUAUAGGGACAGAGCAAAUACCUCACCAUUGUUCCUGUAAACAGUUAAGGGAUGGGGUGGAGAAAUGCAACCACUCACAGACAGUCAAGGCCACAGACCAAUCAUCCACUGGACCAAAAAUAAAAAGUUACAAUGCUUUAAAAAUAAAAAAUGAAUAUUGAUAAUUUUAUGUAGGCGUGAACAGAAUUAAAAAAAUUAAAAUAACUGGGAAAAACAAGCUCACACCUUAGUCUCUGCCCGGGCGAGAUGAACAGGGCAUCCGCAGGUCACAAUCAAUAAGGACAUCAACCUUAAUGCCCCCCACCCCCACCCCAGAAAAAAAACACAGAGAAAUGCUCAUCCAACCCCUAAGUCACAGGGAGGUCAAAUACAGACUUAUUUUGGUUUUAAUAGGAAUGCUAUCAGAGGAUGGACUGUUUAAAGUAAGACCGGAAUGGAGCCCAAGCCUCAUUAAACAGUUUGGGGUUCCCACGUGAAUUUAAUUUAAUUUUUUCUAGUUUCAGAGAGCACAACACAUCUCUCACCCAAUAUUUAUAAGAUGGGGGAGCUGCCAUCUUCCAGUUCUGUAGUAUUAGCCGUCUAGCUAAAAGAGUUGUAUAAGCAACAGUGUCCGACUGGAUUCUUGACAGGGGGGUGCUUAUGGGCAGUACUCCAAAAAGGGCUGUAAGGGGAGAGGGAUCUAUAACAGUGUUAUAUAUAUCAGAGAAACAUUUAAAUAUUAAUUCCCAGAAACCUGACAGUUUAUGACAGCCCCAGAACAUAUGCAACAGUGUGGCCGGUUCAAUUUUACAUCUGACACAGGUAGGAUCAAAAUCAGAGAAUAUUCUUCCAAGUCUGGCCCCAGACCAGUGGAUACGGUGAACCACCUUGAAUUGAAUGAGGCUGUGUCUAGUGCUAAAAGAGGACGAAUGCACCCUGCGCAGCACAGAUUCCCAGGUGUCUUCCCCAAGUUCCUCCCCCAAAUCCUUUUCCCAUCGAGUCUUUAAAGGCACCAAAGAAGGGUUCUGUAAGUCAUGAAUGAUUGCAUAUACAUCUGAAAUUGCGCCCCUAGGAAGCUUGUUCAGCUCCAGGAUGCUCUCUAUAGCUGUAUUCACAGGCCUAUGGGGAAAUUCAGGUGUGUUAGCUCUGACAAAGUUCCUAGUCUGGAGAUAGCGGAAAAAGUGGGAUUGGGGGAGGUUGAACCUUUCCUGUAGCUGAGCAAAAGAGGCAAAUGUAUCAUCAAAGAAUAAUUGGGCUAGUGAGGAGAGGCCUAGUGAGUGCCAGAUGUCAAAAGCCCCAUCAUUCAAAGAUGGAGGAAAUAAAAUGUUCUGAUUGAUUGGGCCUGAUAGAGAAAAGCCUCGGAGGCCAAAGGCUAAGCGGAACUGAUUCCAAAUUUUAAGAGACUGCUUUACAAUUGGGUUGACACACCUUUUGCCAAGGGACACUGGGAGAGACGAGCACAACAUAGAAGAAAGUGCAGCAGGUUUACACGAUUCAGACUCCAUCUGGACCCAGAUUGGUCUAGGGCCAGUAGGAUCAGUCUGCAGCCAGUACAGAAGGGCUCUGAAAUUUGCAGCCCAAUAGUAUGUCUGAAAAUUUGGUAGAGCUAAACCCCCCAAUGACUUAGGCUUCUGUAAAUGUUUUCUACCAAUCCGUGGUACCUUGCCAUCCCAAAUAAAAUGCAUGAAUGUUUGAUCCAGUGAAAUAAAAAAAGAUUUUGGAAUAAAAAUGGGUAGACAUUGAAAUAAAUAUAGAAAUUUGGGCAACACACUCAUUUUAAUGACAUUAAUCCUUCCGAUAAGAGAAAGAGGUAGCGCUUUCCAAAAAGCAAAAGAUUGUUUCAAACUGUCUGCUAGAGCAACCAAGUUUUCCUGAAACAGAUUUGAAUAUUUCCUUGUCACUUUGACUCCCAAGUAGGUGAAUUGAUCCCGGACAAUCCUAAACUGAGAGCUUGUAAAAGAGCACUUUAAAGCAGCCUUGUUUACAGGAAAAAGCUCACUCUUGCCUAGAUUCAGCUUGUACCCUGAGAUUGAUCCAAACUUUUUAAGAACAGAUAAGGCGCGUGGCAAUGAGGUAUCAGGGUUAGAGAUAAACAAAAGGAGGUCAUCCGCAUAUAGCGAGACUUUCUGCUCUGAGCCCGUCCGGAUUAUUCCUUGAAUGGCAUCAUUAGAGCGUAAUGCAAUGGCGAGAGGUUCGAUUGCCAAAGCAAACAACAAGGGGGAGAGUGGACAGCCCUGUCUGGAUCCGCGGUGCAAGGGAAAAUAGUCAGAGGACAAGUUGUUAGUCCGUACCGAAGCCAUGGGGGAAAAAUAAAGAAUCUUUAUCCACGCAAUGAAUUUGGGGCCAAAGCCAAAUCUAUAAAGGGUGGCUGUUAGGUAAUCCCACUCAACGCGGUCAAACGCUUUUUCUGCAUCAAGUGAGACCACCACCUCUGGGUCCUCCGACGCAGGGGAGUACAGUAUAUUCAUAAGGCGCCUAAUAUUGAAAAACAAAUGCCUAUUUCUCACAAAGCCAGUCUGGUCAGAGUGUAUUACUUGAUGCAGCGAGCCUUCCAUACGGAUGGCUAAAAGCUUGGCUAGGAUUUUGUAAUCACAGUUUAAAAGCGAGAUUGGGCGAAAGGAUCCACAUUCCAGAGGGUCUUUGUUUUUCUUUAAUAGUAAUGAAAUUGAAGCUUGAUAAAGACUAGGCGGUAGCUUUGAGGUAUUAAGGCACUCUGCAAAUAGUCGAAACAAGAAUGGGCAAAGCAGACCAGAAAACGUCCUGUAAAAUUCGGUUGGAAAACCAUCCGGACCCGGUGAUUUACCGCUUUUCAUUGCGGACACUGCUGUUGCAAUCUCCUCAGGUGUAAAUUCUUCUUCUAGAUAGUCAUGGGUGUCUGUAUCAAUUGAAGGCAUAUUCAGGCCAUUAAAGAAGGAAUCAAUCAGCAAAGGGUCUUGAGGGGAUUCAGAGGUGUAUAGCGCAGAAUAAAAUUGUUUGAAUUGAUCAUUGAUCUCUUUAUGUAUAACUGUGGUGGCACCAGACGGGGUCCUUAUUUGUGGGAUUAAACGUGAGGCCUCAGAUUUACGGAUCUGAUGUGCAAGGAGUUUACUGGCCUUGUCGCCUUGUUCAUACACUCUGUACCGAGCUCGCAAGAGUAGCUGUUCAGCUUGCAGGGGGCGCUGUUCUGAUGACACCAUCUGUCAUGUUGGUUCUCCCCAGAAGUACUUUGUCUGUUUUAAAAUAAAUGACAUGUAUGUUACACAUGUAGUUACAGCGUUAAUGCACCGGUUUAAGUGUGGUAACACUACAGAUAUUAAUGCAAAGUGUUUGCGUGAGAUGCUAUUAAAUGUCACCAUAUUGUAGGUAUUGAUGCGGUGUUUGGGUGCUUGUGUGUGUGUCACCAAAAGGUGUCGAUGCAGUGUUUGAGUCUGCAAAAAGCACUUUGUGACCACUGCUGAUGUAAAAAGGACUUCAUGAAUAAAUGUGAUUGAUUGAUUGAUUGUGUCCAUCCAGGUGGACCCCAGUGGUGAGGUAGUGGUGUUCCCUCAGGGUGGUUGCCCCUGGAAGGAGCACCUGUUUUCCCUGGAGAAAGAGCUGGGCGUGGACACCUCCAUUAAGUUUGUCCUCUACCUUGACCAGAACGGACAGUGGAGAGUCCAGUGUGUCCCAGCCGGUCUGCACACCUUCAAUAACAGGUAG